AUGCCGCACGAUCUGCGGUCCAUAAGAAACUAUUCGGGCGGCUCAGGUCCGAUACCUCCGCGGCAGCAGAACGCGAUCGAGCGGAGGUUUGACGCGCAGCAACUCGACGUGAACGCGAACGGCUCGACGUUCCUCUGGCUGCUGGAGGACGACUUCAGCGGGGACGACUUCUUCAACAACUUCGGCUUCUUUACCGGUGAAGACCCUACACACUAUGUCGACGCGAACACCGCGUUCGGCAGCGGGCUGUCGUACGUCCAGGAUGAUGGCAUUGUCGUCAUGAAGGGCGACAAUACAUCCUGGCUUGGGGAUGGGGAAUACCGGAAGAGUGUCCGCAUAUCCUCGUACAAGCAGUACAAUACCGGUCUCUUCAUCCUUGAUCUGAACAAGGCACCCUGGGGAUGUGCUGUUUGGCCCGCCUUCUGGACUCUUGGCAGCGGUACUUGGCCUCAGACCGGUGAAAUCGAUAUCAUCGAGGGCGUCCACGACAAUGAGCACAACCAAGUCGCCUGGCACACCGCGUCUGGCUGCUACCUCGAUCCUACUGCCAGCUUCACUGGCACUGUCGUCGUACAGAACAACACCAACUGCGAUGGCUCGGUCAACUCCAACGCAGGGUGUGCCAUCGCAGAGUGGAGUCGCGCGUCCUACGGACCCUACUUCGACGCGCAGGGCGGCGGCGUCUUCGCGAUGAAGUGGGACGAGAACGGAAUCGCUGUCUACUCCUUCUACCGUGCCGCCAUCCCCGACGACAUCAACGCUGGCUCGCCGAACCCCUCCGGUUGGGGCAAGCCCGUCGCAUUCCUUUCGCCAGACUCCUGCGACCCCAUCAAGUACUUCACGAACCACUCUAUCAUCUUCGACAUCACCUUCUGCGGCGACUGGGCCGGUAACUCGUACGCGACGUCCGGCUGCCCGGGCGAGUGCUCCGACCGGCUGAAGGACCCGGCGAACUUCGUUAACGCGUCCUGGAGCAUCAACUCCCUCAAGGUGUACAGCAAGCAGCCAUUGAACGGCCACCUGAACGGCGCGCCGCCGCGGUACUCUGAGCACGUCGCUCCGACACUCCUCGCCUUCGGGCUUGCUGUGCUAUCGUGGCACCUCUGGUAGAGAUGAUGUGUGAAUGUGCGCUGGCGCUUGGUUCGCCGCGCGACGGACGAUGCUCGCUCAGGAGGGAUGGUGUAUCGGACACGACUAGAGACGACGCCUGUAUCAUAUUUGCCUAGAUAGUUACGCCCUACUAACGUAUGUACCCUCAAGCGAAAAUGAACGAAUGUAUCGUGCGUGCACGUACAUAUUUGAUUGCGAACUGUAUAUUUGCUAGCGCUUGCUGAAUCUACAAGACUGUACAUAUUUGUUGGGCGCGAGAAGACCGCCUUCGCCUUUCCCACUUUCACUGGUCCCGACGCUUUGCCGUCUACAACUUCCACUUGCGAUCCUCCAGAGCCAAUCUGCCAUUC